AUUCUAUAGGUUCUGGGUGUAUUCCAGGCAUUUUCAGUAUUUCAUGCAUUGUGGUGUUCAGAGUUUCGUAUAUUUUAUACAGUAUGUUCCAUAUAUUAUGUGUAUUCUGGAAAUUUUCAGUAUUCCAUAUAUUCCAUUCCAGUGACACCGUGCAUAUCGUGGGUUCUGGUUGCUCAGUGUGUUCUGUCUAUUCUGGCCAAUGUUGCAUCCGUUGUGGUAUCUAGGGUCAAAGGGUCAUUGUCAGGGAGGUUCAGGCAUUCUGUGCAUUCCAGGUGUUCCAUACGUCCUGUGUGUUCAGUGUGUUCUGUGUAUUCUGGGCAUUUUCCGUAUUCCAUGUAUUGUGGUGUGUUGUGCAUUAAGUGCAUUUCAAGCGUUCCAGUAUUUUCUGUGUGUUCCGGGUGUUUUAUAUGUUCAGUAUGUUCUGUGUGUUCUGCUAUUUUCAGUAUUGCGCAUAUCCUAUUCCAGGGACAUGGUGCAUUCCGUGCAUUCCCACCCUUACAUCAUCAUCAUCAUCAUCAUCUACCGUGAAUAAUUUCCCAUAACCUCUGAUUUCCAGUAAAAGAUGGAGCACUAACAACAUUCACGAGAUGUCUUUAACAUUCCUUCUUUCCACUCACUAUAUUAAUGUUAAUGACAUAUCCAUCUAUCAGAAGAUCCAUGAUCAGGAGAGAUAACGCUACAGGGGCUUCGGAAAACAGGGAUUCCAAUGCCAAGUGUGCUGUUUUGUGGUCCAUAAGCGCUGCCAUGAGUUCGUCACAUUCUCCUGCCCCGGAGCGGACAAAGGACCCGACACAGACGAUCCAAGAAGCAAGCACAAAUUUAAGAUCCACACGUAUGGCAGCCCGACAUUUUGUGAUCACUGUGGCUCGCUGCUGUACGGCCUCAUCCACCAGGGCAUGAAAUGUGAUACAUGCGACAUGAACGUCCAUAAGCAGUGUGUGCUCAAUGUGCCAAGCCUGUGUGGGACGGACCACACGGAGCGGCGGGGGCGAAUCUAUUUGAAGAUCGAUGUGAAAGGAGACGAGCUGCACGUUACAGUGGGCGAGGCUAGGAACCUGAUCCCCAUGGACCCCAAUGGAUUGUCCGAUCCGUACGUGAAGCUCAAGCUCAUCCCUGACCCCAAAAAUGAGACCAAGCAGAAGACCAGGACUAUCCGCUCCUCACUGAACCCCACCUGGAAUGAGUCCUUCACAUUUAAGCUGAAACCCACAGAUAAGGACCGCAGGCUUUCCGUGGAGGUUUGGGAUUGGGAUAGAACCACCAGGAAUGACUUCAUGGGUGCUAUGUCCUUCGGAGUAUCAGAGCUUAUGAAGUGUUCAGCAUGUGGAUGGUAUAAAAUGCUGAACCAGGAAGAGGGCGAGUAUUACAACGUGCCCAUCCCAGAGGAGGACGACGGGAACGUGGAGCUCAGGCAGAAGUUUGAGGAUAAAACAAUAGGAGACCGUAAAAAGAAAGCUAAGCUUGGCCCUGGGAAGAAGGCCGUCACCCCUAUUGAUGACAACAGGACCAGUUUGCCUUCCACUAAUCUGGACCAGGUCAAACUCACCGACUUUAACUUUCUGGCCGUGUUGGGGAAGGGGAGCUUCGGGAAGGUGAUGCUAGCAGAGAUGAAGUCUUCAGAAGAACUGUAUGCUAUAAAGAUCCUAAAGAAAGAUGUAGUGAUCCAGGAUGAUGAUGUGGAGUGCACCAUGGUGGAAAAGAGGGUGCUGGCACAGCAGGACAAACCCCCAUUUCUCACCCAGCUCCACUCCUGCUUCCAGACUGUGGACCGUCUGUAUUUUGUGAUGGAGUAUGUGAAUGGUGGUGACCUCAUGUAUCACAUACAGCAAGUGGGCAAAUUUAAGGAACCUCAGGCAGUGUUUUACGCAGCAGAGAUCGCUGCCGGGCUGUUCUUCUUGCACAAGAAGGGAGUAAUAUACAGAGACCUGAAGCUAGACAACGUGAUGCUGGAUGCUGAGGGACACAUCAAGAUUGCAGACUUCGGCAUGUGUAAGGAGAACAUAUAUGAUGGAGUAACAACACGCACGUUCUGUGGAACACCCGACUACAUUGCCCCUGAGAUCAUUGCGUACCAGCCAUACGGUCGCUCUGUGGAUUGGUGGGCUUAUGGUGUGCUGCUCUACGAGAUGCUGGCUGGACAGCCACCAUUUGAUGGUGAAGAUGAGGACGAGCUCUUCCAGUCCAUCAUGGAGCACAAUGUGUCCUACCCUAAAGCCAUGUCUAAAGAGGCUGUGUCCAUCUGCAAAGGGCUGAUGACAAAGCACCCUUCCAAGCGUCUAGGCUGUGGUUCAGAAGGCGAGCGGGACGUGCGUGAGCAUGCAUUCUUCCGCCGUAUCGACUGGGAUAGACUGGAGAACAGAGAAAUUCAGCCUCCAUUCAAGCCUAAAGUGUGUGGGAAGGGGGCCGAGAACUUCGACAAGUUCUUCACGCGCACGCAGCCGCAGCUCACUCCUCCAGACGAGCUUGUCAUUGCCAACAUUGACCAGUCCGAGUUCGCCGGCUUCUCCUUUAUCAACCCGCAGUUUUUCCACCCGUCCCUCACCAACACCGUAUGAACGAAGAAAGAGACCGGCUCUAAGAGUAACUCUACCUACACACCCCCCAGAAUGCCUCGUGCUUAGUUUUUUCCCCAUUAUGUCUAAUAUAAUUUCAAUCUUAACUCCAACCAUUUUCUAUUACUUUCUCUCUUAUAGGAUUUUUACAAUUAUUUGGGCCAUCAUUUUAGUUUUAGGCCAGUCAAAGAGUUAAUAGCACUCGGUUGGUGUUGUCUAGUAUGGGUGAUUUUACGGUAGACUAACCACUUAAUAUAUUGAAGGCAUGAGAUAUGAGUCCGUGUUGGUUCACGAUUUUUUCUCUUGACGUAAAACCCCAUAAGAGAUGCAAAAACCUGUGCUUCCUGGUGUUUAUAGUGUAAUCCAUGCCAGUCUUCCCAAUCAGGAAGCAUAAAGUGGGGUUCUGUCAGACCUGUGUGUUAAUUAUUUUUACCACUGACAUGUCAAUUACCUUUGCUUGUGGUCUUGCUGACAAGCAGAUGCUCCAAAGUGUUUUUUAAAGUUUUAAAGUCCUCUGAUUGAACAUAGAUUGAGCUUCAUCUUGGAAUUGAUGCAGAUAUUCAACGUAAAAUGACCAGUAAUGAUGAAAUUUAAGACUGAGAUUAGUGUGUGUGUGGAUCUACCAGCUUCAGUGUGCACUAUAGCUAACCACUGGUGGAAAACAUACACUAUGUUUAUGUUAAAAUUCGAAAGCCACUCUCACAUUACCAUUAAAUGAAGGCAGAUUUUUGAUGCAGAAGGUAAACCAGAUACUGAUGUAUCGAGUUGUUAAGAAAACCUCAUAGACAAGAUGGUUAAUUAGCUUACUAUCUAAGUAACAGGCAAGCUAGCUGAAUGGCAUGAUAGUAUUCAUAUAGAUGAUUUUAAUAAAUGCAUCUAGUUUGCUUUUCCGCAUCAUCAUAUCUAUCCAAUAGAAGUUCAGUUCUCGAUUUCAACUUAAGAUUUAUUGAAAGCAUUAUUCUGUGUUAGUAUUGCUAACAUGACGCUGCUUAAUAUCUUUGUGGUCUGCACGUUAAAUAGCAAAACCAAAUCAAGAUCAGUUCAUAUUACGUUUAGCUUCUCUCCUACCUGUAACAGUUUACUGUUCAGGCAUUUUUAAGAAGACACAUUUGACGCCAGAUUUAGAUAAUAAAAAAAAGAAAACUCAUUAAGUCUCCCAUUUGCUUAACACAAACUGCAAACCUUUUUGUCAUUUUUUAUGGGGAUUUGUGGAAUAUACCAUGCAAUUGAUGAUUUGAUUUUUUUUAUAAAUGAAAUUACUGAUGAAUUACGACGGAAUGAAGUGUUUGCAUACCUGUCAUACACACGUGAUGUGUUGCAUGCUCCUAAAUUGGAAUAACACCAGAGUAUUAUGUUGUUGCGAUUACAAAAUUAUAUAUAUGCUACUUGCUGAAAUCAUCUUUCUACUACUAAUUUAGAUUCCUUUUAAAUAAUUUUUCUUCCUGGCCUUUCAAUAUAAUCUUGCAGCAGUGUAUUAAUGAUUUUGUAAAUACUUCUAGGUUAUUUAAAAAAAAAGAGAGAGACAGUAAGAGAGAGUGAAUAGUGAGUUGAAAUUUUUAUACCAACAACUGAAUGUGUUUUUAUGACAUUUAGCUGAUAAUAAGUUCCCUAGAACAAUCGAUUUUGUUGGGUUACUGUCCUUGCACGGGUUUCAAUCAGCUGAUGUUAACUUUAGGAAAAUUAUCAAAUGCUUUACACACUGUUGUGGUAACCUUUUUAGUCCUGUUUUACCAGUCCCUUAUAAAUGUUUACUUGCUAAUUAAACUUUUAUAUACUUGUAUAUACACUGCAUACUACACUACUGUUCAAAAGUUUGGAAUCACAUGACAUUUUAAUAUCACACUCUCAGAAAAAAGGGUAGUAAACUGUACAUUUCCUUGUCACUGGAGUAGUAAAAUGAAGCAUACAUCUUUUGUACCUUUAUCUGGAAAGGCAUAUGUAGUGUACUUAAUCUAGAAGCUAAUUACAGGUACAAGUGUGGUCCUUAAGGUCCAAUUAUAUACCUUGUUCUUUGUAGUCAAUACACACUAAAGGUACAAAAGAUGUAUGUUUGCAAUACAAGGUAAGGUAAAAUACGGUUUAGUUGUUUUUUUUUUCCUGAGAGUGCAUUAUUAUUAUUAUUUUAUACACUAAACUCUUUAAAAGUUUAAUAGAUGUAACAUUUACCAGACACUAAAAUGUAUUUUUAGGGGCUUUAUUUAGUAUUUAUUUGUUUAGUAUUGAUUGAAGCAUUUUGAGGAGAAAACAAUUGGUAAAUAAUAUACUGGAAUUGUUGAUGUAUAGUAAUUAUUAAACUAUAGUAAACGUAUAGUUUAAGUGUUUCCACAUAAAGGUUUGAUCACCACUUUCCUAACAAAAAAAAUAAUUUUUAUAUUAACGUAUAUACUAAUGUCUUGAAGCUAUACAACUUUCUUUUUGGAAUUUUGGAAUUAUUGACAUUAUUACUAGUCAUUCCAGACACAUAAUGUUUUACAGCUUUCUACAAAAGACUUAAGUGCAUAGCAUUAGGAUCAUAUUACAAUCAUUCUGUAGGUCUGAAAUAAAAUGAAAUUGUUUAUAUUACUGAUAUCUUUAAUUUUGAAUUUUUUGAGUGAUGAUUUCAGGUUUUUGAACGGUAGUGUAUAUAUGUGAGAACUAAAAACACGGUUACGUAUUUGUGUAAUUGGAGUUUUUAUGUACUAAGGUUUACAUCACAGCUUUACAUACUUAAAAAAGAUAGUGUGCUAGACGUCAGCACAGACGCUUAAUAAACAACCCCACAUAUGUUUUCAAACAUGUCUGGAACAGGCUAUAUUGUUUGUGAGAGUUGAUUGGUUGUAAAGUGUGAGCUGAUUGGCUGCUGUGGUCCUGCGGUUGCCUUGGCUUUUUCAGCCUGCAUGUUGGCUAUGCUAAAAGUACGCACAUGGAAACUUUACUAAAACAGACACACAUAUACAGUAUAUUUAUAUAUACACUUAUAUACUUAUACAUACAGUGUGCAUGAUGACUGAAGCAUUCCAGAUCACAGAGCAUGGACUUAAUGUGGCAAAAAGAUAUCUUAAAUAAUGGGGUGUUUUUGUCCUCUGUCAGUCUUAAAAGUAAUGAAAAUGUUGAAUUCUUUUGGUCUUGUAAUUUAUAUUGUGUGCAUUUUUCAAACUGCCAGGCUGUACGGAAUUCGUAACAUUACUAACAUUUUACCCAUUUCUGAAGUUUUACUUUAAUCCAAGUUUAGAAGGAAGAUCCCGUGCCAGUUUGGUUGUGGGAUCCCAUUUCACAAACCUUUUGGUUAUCAGAUACACAAAAACAUAUGGGCUCAAUUUCAGCACCAUCUAUAGUAUAUCAACUUCAUAACAGCCUUGACUUCCAGCUGCUUCAUAUGAUAAUAAAUAAUGCUUUAUAUUCAUGUACUGGCACUUGUUGAUCAGUAACUAGACGAUAUAUUGUGCUACUACACACAAUCAGAAUAGAAUUAUUGUCAAUAGAAAGAAAGAAAGAAAUAGAAGAAUCCCUAAAUAGGCAGAAUGACAGACGACUUAUGUAGUUUGUAAGCUAGUAUUACUAUGAUGGAGUCUUACACUUUCACACUAGAGCAUUUCUUUUCUUGAUUUGUAGUUAUAUUACAGGUAAUAUUGAGCAAAUCCAUCCCAUUGGACGGGAUUUUAAGGAAUCUAGGCAUUCAUCGCCUUUGAGACCCUUCAGUGUCAUUUUAACUUCAACCACUUUAACUACAAACUUAGUUUUGUAAGGUUCUAUCUGUUUUCAGCUAGUGCCUAAAUUUUUAUCUCAAAAUUCUCAAAAUUCUGAUAAUAUAAAUUUGAAGUAUCCUGAAAGUGUAGGUCUUGUUGAGAUGUAAAUAUAAAUUAUGGGGAAAAUAAACUAUGUCCCAUAUCUUGAAAUGGCACUUCAACCAGAUAGAACCUUAUAAUAUAAUAUACAAGAUCAUAAUUUGUUUAUUCACUAUUGCUCACAGGUUUUAUUACCUUCUUACCUAAACAUAUGAUAUAGCCAGCUAACCAGCACGUCAGUUACACAAGCUAGCUACAUAAGUUUUGAGGUCGCAAUAUAGUAGUUAGGAGCAACUUCUAUAUUUUUUAAUCCUAAACAUUGGCCAUACUAAGAGUGUGGUUUGUCUUGCUUUUUUGGUGAGCAGAUUUUAUGAGAUUGCCUACACAUUGCCUACACAGAGAAGGUUACAUAUGGUGCUAUUCUUAAAUUUUAUGUGCAAGUGGCACAACAGAAAAGCAUUCACCAUUCGUCUUUGGGAAAUCGCUAGAUCAAAUUCCGACAAUGCUGAGAGUCCAAGAGAGCAGCAAAAUUAGCUGUGUUCUGUAGGUGGGAGGGAUGGCAUACUCUCUCCCCGGUCAAUCAGAGUGAUACUAGCCAAUCAUGUACAUGCGUACAUAUGUGAAAGAGGGCAAAUAGCGCUCUUGUAACCCUGUGGUUCAGCAUGAGUAGCUGUUAUGAAGGGUCCAGAGGCUGGCUUCAAAUGUCUUGGAGAAAACACAAUGCUAGCAAUCACCCUUUCGCUUGGUAGCUGUUGUUUGGCAAGCAAGAAGUGGGUAGGAAUUAGUAAUUACUAAAAUUAAGAAAAAAUGUGUACAACAAUGCUUACCUAUAAGCUGCCAUCCAGUUAGAUUAUUGAUAAACAACGAUACAAUAUUAGGCAAUUAUCAUGAUUAAAAAUAUUAGCCCAUGCCUGUUCACUCAUCCAUUGAUAUUCAUAUAUCCAUUAAGUCGUCAUCACACUACACUUCACAUUUAUUCCAUAUGCAUUUGGUUUUCCCAUCCGUCGUCACCCAUCAUCCCUCAACAGUGCCAAGCCGAUAACUGAGCCCAAUGAUAGCAGUGUUGCACUAAAUGUGUAGUCUUCACCACCACAUGUGUAAGUGUUUAUUUAAAAACUGUGUGUGGUAGACACAUGUAGCCAUAUUCCUCUGUGUGUAUGAGCCUCUGGAGUCAGAGGAGAUAAUUAUUCCACCACAGUGCUGAUAAUGCAGAGGCAUGUGCAGUUCCCCAGCUGUGUGGGCAGCCACUGCUUUCUGAUUUCUUCAUUGUUGCUUGCUUUGCUUGUUCGGCCAUUUUGAAGUGAUGGAAUAUCCUGUUUUGCCUUACCUAGCAAUCAGACCAUCCCUGUGCCUCUGAUUUUUGUGUGUGUGUAUGUGUGUGUGUGUGGGUGUGUGUGUGUGUGCGUGUGUGUGUGUGUGUGUGUGCGCAUGCAGCCGUAUAUGUGUGUGGGAAAAUGCUUGUGUUUUUGGCUCUUUUUACUGAAUACUAAUUCCUCUGUCUUUCCUGCAUGCUCUGUUCUUCUCGCACUUGUCUCUGCCAAACAUUAAAAAAACACACAAAAAAAUUAAAACAGAUUCAGCUUCUGUUCUAAAACAGAUACUGCUUCUUUAAUCACUUUUCAACUGGCAGAAUCGAGUGCACUUCAGGAUGAGUCAGACAACCUGCUAUUUAAUUAUUUAAUUUCUCCUUCUUUAGUUUUUGUGAUUAUGUAACUGGAGAAGAUAAGAGAAUGAAACUGAUUCUGCCCCAAAGAUUUUAAAACUCAACCCAUAUAAGGACAUUUUAAUUUUAAUUUAGUUUAAUUAGUUGAAUAAAAAACACUAAAAAAUAUAAAAAACUAAAAUUAGUUCAAACUAAUUAUACCAUGUGCUAAAAGUAACAGGUGUUAAAAAGGUGUUGUUUUGAUCUAUUCUACUCAAAAGUUCAAAUGUUAAAAAUAAUUUUGCCAAAAAAAAAACAGGUUUUAAAGAGAGAAUUGCCCAAAAAAGACUCACUCAAAACUAAUUUCCUGAAAAUAACAGAUUUUUAAAUUAAAUUUACCCAAAAGGACAGAUUUAAAAACUGAUUCUGCCCUAAUCUUACCCAAAAAAUACACAUUUCAGAAGUUAUUCUUCUCAUAACGACAAAUUUUAAUAUUAAUUUUGUUUAAAAUAGUCAGUUUUAAAGCAUUUAAAAAAAAAGAACAUAUUUUAAAACUAAUUCUGCCCUAUAACAAAAAUGCAGAAAAGAGAAACUAAUUUUAAAACUAAACUUUCUCAGAUGUUAAAACCAUUUUUUGCCAAAAUAACAGAUUUCAAAAUGAAAGCUACUCAAAAGGACAGAAUAGAAAACUGAUUCUGCAUGAAAGGACAGACUUUUAAACUAUUUCUGCCCAAAAGAACCAAUUUUAAACCUAAUUCUGAAAUAAGUUUUUUACUUAUGUGUGAUCUGAAUUCCUUUCACACCUGGUUCUCCUUUUUCUUUCAUUUUUGUCUCUUUUAUAUUUCAUUUUUGUUAUCUGUUUAUGUUUUUAGAAAGCAGGAUGGUCUCUUUUAUUAUCAGGAUGAAUAUAAGACCUAAGGUUUAAUCUCUGGCUCUCUGAUGAAGGUGUGUUAAAUGCCACAUAACACUCUCGCUCUCUGUGCUUGUACAUACUGACCCAUGAUUGACUUUAUUGAAAAUUUGUAAUGGUGUCUGUUGGUUUGCCCUUUUCUUUCCUGAGUCCACACCUUCAGAUAUAACCAUUGAUAUUUGUACCUAAUGUAUAAUACUGCAAAUAAAGUAUGAGAAAUAACGCACCAUUUUGAA